AUGGCGAAAGUACUAAAAUCGAGCCAAUCAUGUUAUUUCCCUUCACCUUCAAGCUCCUCUUCUACUUCAUGCGGAGCCAAUGAUGGUAACAGAGACCCACAUUCUCUUUUUAACAUUUCUCGAGAGGAAGAGGAAGAAGGAGAAGAAGAGAGGAGCGAGAAAGAGAGAGAAAGAUUCGAGCUUUCAUCUGCAUUGGAGAUUCUGGUUUCUGCGAUUAGAAGGUCUGUGAUUGGUGGGUGUGUUGGUGAAGAGGAUCUUUCUUCAAUGGAGAUUGGUGUUCCCACAGAUGUUAGACAUGUCGCUCAUGUCACUUUCGAUCGUUUCCAUGGCUUCCUUGGCUUGCCUGUUGAGUUUGAACCUGAAGUCCCAAGACGAGCUCCUAGCGCAAGCGCAACCGUGUUUGGAGUCUCAACUGAGUCAAUGCAGCUAUCUUAUGAUGCUAGAGGAAACAUUGUGCCUACGAUACUCUUGAUGAUGCAGAGUCAUUUGUACAAUAGAGGUGGCUUACGGGUAGAAGGAAUUUUCAGGAUUAAUGGUGAGAAUGCUCAAGAGGAGUACAUAAGAGAAGAGUUGAAUAAAGGUGUUAUACCUGAUAACAUCGAUGUCCAUUGCUUGGCAAGUCUCAUUAAGGCUUGGUUUAGGGAACUUCCGAGUGGUGUUCUGGAUUCGCUCUCACCAGAGCAAGUAAUGGAGUCUGAAAGUGAAGAUGAGUGUGUGGAGCUUGUAAAGCUUCUUCCUUCAACAGAAGCUUCUUUGUUAGAUUGGGCAGUUAAUCUAAUGGCAGAUGUUGUAGAGAUGGAACAUCUUAACAAGAUGAAUGCUCGCAACAUCGCAAUGGUUUUUGCACCUAACAUGACUCAGAUGUUGGAUCCAUUGACGGCUCUGAUGUAUGCUGUGCAAGUCAUGAACUUUCUUAAAACACUUAUUGUCAAGACGCUUAAAGAUCGAAAAGAGUCUCGUGAUAAGAUGAUUCCGGCCUCGAAUCCAGGUCCCCGGGAUCAUAAUGGUGAUCAGAGCAGCAGCAGACAGUUGUUGCAUCUCAUGAAAGCUAACGAGGAGGAAGCUUUAGAUAACUUUGAUGCGGAAAUGAAAGUCAAAGAAGAGUCUGCAGAAGAAGAAGAAAAAGAAGAAAAAUCUUCAGAAUCUCGAGAACUUUUUUGCAUAAAGACGUCUCUGGUUAAAAGCUGUCAGUAUAACAACAAUGGAGGUUUUGGACAGAAACAUAAUGGUUUGGAGGAGAAGAGGAAGAAGACAACAGUGUCGAAUGCGAGUAGUAUUGUGGGACGUGUGAAUUACAGAGUUGAGCUGUUCGAAGCUUGGCGGUGA